AUGCGUUUCAUUGUUACUACGCUGGGUCUUGCCAGCAUUGCGUCCGCAUAUGCGGCCGUAUCAUCUGUCUCCCCGAACCAGCCAUCCAGCAACCCGUUGAGUCGUGCGUCCAAGGUUCCGUCCAAAGUCUGCGAAGUCAAGACUUACACAGUCUAUGAGACUGCCCACAGUGGCCAGGAAAAUGGUGCACAAGCCACUCCAUCUGCUUUGCAUGGGGACGACUACUAUUUCGAACAUACUAGUCUUACCAGCACUCCUGCUGGACCCGAACCAACUACUCCCACUAUGAUUAGUGCGUCCUCACACUACGGAGCUCGCCCCACUAGCAAGAUCGCGAAGCCCUUUGGUCAGAACGAGGAGUACUUCAAAUACAACUCCGGACAGGAUGUCAAGCUUCAACCGUGUAGCCACUGGAGCCAGAACACAAAAGACCCCAAGAAUCUUGUACCAAAGGACAAGACUCAGCUUUACUACGCUGAAGGUGGCCGCGACAAUGCGAAGCCCACCAAUGAGUUUUACUUUGGUGUAAUCGAUCUGCUUUUCAAGGCUCCUGCUGUUGUGCUGGAGCACUCGGACUAUGUCCAAAAUGCGCAAUACUCUGGCAAUCAGCUCGCUGUCGACUUCACUUCUGCCUUGGCAUGUGACUUCGCCAAAGAGUCGUGGCCCAAAGGUACCAUCAUCGUCUCAAGCACAGCCGGUUGCAGAGUUCGAUCGGACGAUGAUCAGUGCUACUUCAAGGUAGAGGAAACUGUCAAGUCCGACGACGGCAAAUCCAUCAUUGUGAAGGGUUAUCCUCAAGCGCGAGACGAGUGCACAGAAGGUGGUGAGGCCCAUUGGGGGCGAUACAAGCCUGAGAAGAAUGGGAGUAAUAAGCAGCCAAACAGCACCGCAUCUUAUUCCGGUUUCCCUUCUUCUACGUCAUCGUACUACGGGCUUUCUACUACCCACGCAAGCUCUGGUGUGUCGACUGGAAGCGCGUUCUCAGAUGUCUUUCCAUCGCCUAGUACUGGAUCUUCGUACAGCUCCUACAUCAGCUCGCUCACUUCAACUCGAGUUAUGUCGCAAGAUCCUACGCAGCCUACUGAGUCUGCCUCUGAGCUUGUAUCUUCAAGCCCGUCGUUUGCGGGAACUUCUAGCGACCCGCUUAGCUCAGCACAUCCAUCGCCCACACCUUUUGGAUCCAGUGCUUUUCUUUCUUCAUCGUCGGAAUUAGAGUCCUGGACUUCUGCACCCACAUCUGCACCAACACCUUCAGGCACUUCAUUGACCAACUCAACUGAGGAUGGCAACAACAAGUUCAAUCAGGACAUCAUUUCUGACUGUAAGGCUCCUGUCGACACCAAGUACGGUCUUCCCACUACAUGCACCGGCCAAUACUUCGACUUGGACCUUGACGAGUUUAAGGGCUAUGGCGAAUUGUCCACCGAGGAUAAAGCGUUUCUGAAGGAAGCCACUGCCGGGUUGAGCUCCGAUGACAUCGCCGGUCUAUCCCGCAGGGCCCUAAUGUAUCGUCGACAUAUGGAACGCAGAGGCCGUCUCGGAGAUUGGUGGAACAAAAACGUUGUCGCUCCUGUGAAGAGCACGAUAAGUCUUGGCAAGACUGUGCUUCAAGGUGGCGUUCAACUCCUUACCACUGGCACUGUCAGCGGUAGUAUCAAAGAAUCAUACAAGUUCGCUCUUCCUGACGGUAACAAAGCAGACGCCAAGCAGGUUGAAUCACCCUGGGGUCCUGCUGCUCUUAUUGCCGCUUAUGGUACUGAGUCCAAGAUCAAGGCCGAUAAAGGUGUGCAACGAGAUGGCUAUCUGAACAUCUACUGCGUUGGUUGUGGCGCUCAGGGCUCUGUCGAGCUUGCUGGUCGCGCAACAUGGGCUGUUGGCCGGGGCAUCACUCAAGGCGAGAUCGAAGCCUGGGCCGAUCUCAAAGUCGCUAUGAAGGUCGGUGUUGACGCCCAGAUCAAGCUCAGCCGUGAGUGGAAGAAGACACUUUUCCAGCAAGGUCUGCCCAAGCUAUCCUUUGGUCCAAUCAUCAUCGGCCCACAGGUUCGCGUUGAAGCCCGUGCUACUCUGGAGGCCGGAGCGGAGGGUCGCAUCUUGGCUGGCGCUGAGUUCAACUGGAACCGUGCUUACGCAAAGGUCGACAUGGUUGACCCUUCCAAGUCCACGCGCCAGAACUUCGACCCUGUCGGUCAUCCCACCUUCGAAGCCGAAGGUUCUCUUUACGUCGGCGCUGAGUUGGGCCUUCCUAUUGGCAUGCACUUCGGGGUCACUGUCGCUAGCUGGAGCAAGACUGUCGCUCUCAUCAAUGAACCCAUGAUCAAGGGUAUCGCAAAAGCUGCUAUAAGAGCUGAGCUCGCUGACGGCAAGAUUACUGCUGGAUUUACUCCCACUGAAGGAUGCCAGGGCAUCCACACUAAUCUCAGCUGGAGGAACAAGUUGGUGUGCAACGUCCUUGACGUCAAGGAGUUUGAGUUACUUGACAGUGGUUACAAGAGCAUCAAGUCUAUGUGCAUCCCUCUUGGCAAGCAGACCCAGCAGCCAUCAACCUCACCUGGUGGAGACGAGGCUGGCAAAGGCGGUGAGAGCGGAGGCGACGGGGAGACUGGUAACGAUGAGGGUGCCGCUGGGGAGGGUGCCGGGGAACUACCCACCGGAGGAUUGCCCACCGGUGAAACACCUGCCCCCGAACUCCCUACUGAAGAAAUACCUGCUGGUAACCUGCCUACUGGAGGGUUUCCCAUAGGACAAGGCGCCUCAACAGAGCUAUCCAGUGGAGAAACCAAUAGCGGUGACAACACUGGCCAAAGCACGGGAGAUAGCAAUGCCCAAGGAAGUAACGAAGAGGCACCCGUCCAGUUGGACAUCAAGCGAUCCUUGUCCACUAGACAAACCAACUCAACGCUCACACCCUCUUCUUCUGGCGACCUCCCAGCUGGAAUCCGUGAGAUCACCGACUCCGUCAAGAAGGCCACCGAUAAUAUCAACUAUACGAUUGCGGAUGUCAAAACCGUUCCGUACGACCGUACUGACGGGUACGAAUUUACCAAGCUAAUUGCUGGCGACUACAACGUCAUGUACUGCUCCAACGGCAACAUGUAUGUCAAGCAGACUACCCAGUCUACUGGCCUUGGCUGCGACGAACUCUUUGCUUACAGCGAAGAUGCCGUAGUUGGUGAUGGCCAGGGCCGCUACUUCUACUAUCACGACGACGCCAUGAAGGCAGCUGGUGUAUCCCGACUCCGUCUUGGUGACGAACAGAGCCCAGUCCUGGGAACGUCUGCCAUUGCGAUGCUUGCUUGGAAAGCUGAGCGAACUGGAACACAAUAUGACGCUGAUCUCGAAGGUCUCUACACUGUUGCUGAUUACGCCACGGAAGCUAUCUACUGGUUGUCUUUCUGUACCUACAAGGACGGACAGGCACCCAAAGUCUUUGUUGUCGCGGAUCUGGAUGCGGGUAUGGCUGUACUAGAGAGCGUGGAUGUCAAGUACUCUGUAACCGGCGGCGAUGUGGAGAAGUGCUACCCACUUCUGGCUGUGGAGGAUCCUGCGCUAAAAAACACUUGGGCGGAGUGGGACGAUUCGUUGGAGAAUGACGCUGAUGGGCUUGACUUUGAUAUUGAGGAGUUUGGUGCGGAGCCGUAA